AUGAAAUCCGAGCAGAAUGAGGUUUAUGAUCAGAUUGGAGAGAGCGAUGCCAAGGAUAAUAUCAAAAGUGGCCGUAAAUUCGAAAGGCACAAGCAUGGGACAUUAUUUGUGGUUACGAUAGCUUAUUUUCUUGAUUGUAUGCUAAUAACAGUGGUUGGUGAGUUGUUUUAAACUUGUUUUGCAUUUUUGAAGUUUUAGGUAGUGGUUUGGCAUGGAUAAUAUCAGGAACACGGCCAUUUUUAAAACUAAUGGUUUGAAUUUCUGGUAUUAGUUACAAUAAUGUUUUAUCUAUGUUUCCACAAAGUUUUAUAUUUGUUGGAGGUUUACUUUAGUCAAUAUGGCAUUUUUUCUUGACUUAAAUCACUAUUUGCCAAGUGUAAUAUAAUUUUUUGCUCAAAACCUUUAUUUUAAAACUAUUUUUUACCUAGCACAGAUUAAAAUUUUUAUAAGGCUUAUUUUAGUACCAAUUUUGCCGCAUUUUCUUACCCAGUUACAACAGGAACACGAGAUUAACACCAGCGAACAUUGGAUUCAAGGUCCAAACGUUACCGAAGAAGAAAACUUGCAAUAUCUGGGGAUUGGAUACAUCUUGUGCACUAAACCGUUAACUCAAUUGUUUGUUAAUCUAUUUGCUGGGCCUUUGACUAGGCGGUGAGUUGUUCUACUUGUGUUUUAUAUAGUUUUAGGUGAUCUGUGAUGUUGUUCUUGACACUUUUGGUUUUGGGUUGCUUUUCUUAGUUUUGGUGGAUUUAUUGGAGUCGUUGGGUGUUAUAUUGGUUUUUAUGAUAGUUUUGAUUAUUUCUUUCAUUACAGAAUAGGUUAUUCCAUUCCAAUGCUUGCUGGCUUCAUCAUAACCCUCAUAUCCAUCAUGAUGUUCGCGGUUUCUCGCUCGUUCUGGAUGUUAUUCACCGCGAGGUCGAUUCAAGGUGUUGGGUCAGCAUUCACAGUGGCUUCGGGAAUGGGAAUGUUGGCUAAAGCUUACAAUGAUGAUGAUCAUGAGCGAGGAAGAGCGAUGGGAUUGGCGUUAGCUGGUGUUAGCUUUGGUUUGAUGGCUGGGCCUGUGUUCGGAGGAUUCUUAUACAACUAUGGUGGAAUUUACGCGCCGUUUGGGAUUCUUGCUGGAAUUACUGUGAUUGCUAUUGGUAAGUAUUUGAUUUUAGGUAUAUUUUGAAAAAAAAAUUAAUUUUUAAAUUUUUUUAAAUUUUUAGUGAUUGAAAUCAUCCUUCUUCGGCCAAAAAUUGAAGAACAACAGUCCAAAUCCGGCUCAUUACGUGAAGUAAUAUGCGAUCCACAAGUCAUAAUAACAGCCCUUGGUAUAGCCAUUUCAAACUUUGGAAUGGCGACCACAGAACCAACUAUACCACUAUUCAUUCAACAGAAAUGGGGAGUCAGUCCAACGCUACAAGGCCUAGUAUUCCUACCAUCCUCUCUGGCAUCAGCCUUUUGUUCAACAUAUUUUGAGCCAGUUCUCGAGAAAAUGGGCCGCUGGCUAGCAGCAAUGAUUGGUCUUCUCAUCAUCGCUGUUUGUGUACUAGUUAUACCACUAAUGCCUAACUAUACCACCUUGUUGGGACCGGUUUUCGUGCUAGGAUGGGGAGUGGCCAUGGCUCAAACAGCACUGUUCCCUACGGUAAGCCAGAUUGUGGAUGCUAGACAUGAAAAUGCGUAUGGAGUGGCGUUUGCCAUCGCGGAUUCGGCCGUUUGUUUGGCCUUCACGGUGGGUCCAUCAAUGUCAGAGGCGCUGGUUAAGGUCAUUGGACUGGAUAAGUAAGUUAGGGGGCUUAAAGGAAAUUUUUUAGGGUUAUAAGGCUUGGUUUUACCUGUUUUCUUAACAUUUUAUUAAAAAUUUUGCUUUAUUACGACUUUCCAAAAAAUGCGUCAUCAUGACAUAUUUUCUAAAAAAUUUGUCAUGACAUAUUUUUCGAAUAAUUUGGUUUUUAUGACAUUUUAAUUAAAAAAUCUUGAUUUUUGACGUUUUUUUAAUAAAAUGAAGUAUUUUUAAAAAUGUGUCAUUACGACUUUCCGUUAAAAAAAUGUGUCACCAUGACAUUAUAAUAAUCAAAAAUUUUUGAAAUGAUUACCUUUAUUCAGUGAUUUCGUAGGUUUUCCAACAUUUUUAAAUUAUUAUGAACCAUUUUCAAAUAAAGUUUUUAAAAAUUUCGAAUUUCAGAACCCUAAUGGUGACAGCCGGCUUAUGUGUUGGAUUCAUGCCAUUUCUACUGUUCCUAAGGACGAUAAAACCUAAAAUAACGGUUGAUGAAGGCAGCAAAAAGGCUACUGAUGAAGAAAAAUAUUAG